AUGGGAAGGGUGCGAUGGAGGUUUUCUCUAGAGCUGUCGGUGGGUCCUGUUAGGGUUUCGGAGGUUCCUGGGGUCUGUUGGUUCGGUGACUGCGAGUGUCUUUAUGUGAUUGAGUCAAUUUGGAGCUUGAGUCGAGAUAGCUUCGGGUCUCAAUGCAUGCAAUUCUUGAGGUUUGAGGGUUUGAGGAUUGCUUCUUUUUCGUGGACUCUYUGUUUGGGACUCAUGUGUUUUCUCUUCGCUUAUGUUGUUGUUAUUCCUCAGACCCUUGAGAUGCUAGAGAAGAAGGAAGGUGUUCUUCUGAAGAAAGCUCCUAAAGAGGUUGAGAGAGCAAAAAAAUUCACCCGGGACAAGAUCAAACGCGGUACGACCAAUUCUUGCUUGUGA